AUGAGUUUGUUCACCUUGUUGUCUCUUCAGGCCCUAUGGACGACCCUGUCUCUCGCUGGCCAUCACUUCCCAUCCUGGGGUCACUACGAUCUGUGUAAGACUCAGGUUCACUGGGACCAGGGGGUGAGUUGGGAUUACAUGGCCUGUCAGCCUGAGGCUACUCUCCUCACCAGGUUCCUGAAGAUCAGGUUGGAUCCCCUAAACAGUACGUGUGGAGAGACCCCUGAGAUGUACUGCACGCUGGAGAACCCAUACAUGUGCAACAAUGAGUGUGAUGCUCGCACGCCCGAACUCGCACACCCACCCGAGCUGAUGCUGGAUGAUGAGGGGCGAGUUCCCAACACCUUUUGGCAGAGUGUGUCCUGGAGACAUUUCCCCGAUCCGCUCCUGGUCAACAUCACCCUGUCCUGGGGCAAGAGCAUCGAGCUGACCGAGGACAUCAUCAUCACCUUCGAAUCGGGCCGUCCGGAGCAGAUGGUCCUGGAGAAAUCUCUGGACCAUGGGCGGACUUGGCAGCCCUACCAGUUCUACGCAGCCGACUGCCUCAACUCCUUUGGGAUGGAGUCGAGAAGCGCCCGGGAUCUGAGCCCAGCCUCGGUUCUGGACAUCAUCUGCACAGAGGAGUAUUCCAGGGUCUACGUGUGGAAGUUGGAGAACAUGGUCCGAUUCGAGAUCCAGGAACGUUUUGCCUUGUUCGGGGGGCCCCGUCUCCGUGACAUGGCCUCGCUCUACGGCCGACUGGACACCACCAAGGACCUGAGGGACUUCUUCACCCUGACUGACCUACGGCUCAGGCUGCUUCGUCCGGCCACUGGCCCCACCAGAGUUGACCCACUCAACUUGUCCAAAUAUUUCUACGCCAUCUCCAAUCUGGACAUCCGGGGGCGGUGCAAGUGUAACCUUCAUGCCAACAACUGUAUCUUGGAGAAUGGGGAGCUGAGCUGUGAGUGUGAGCACAACACAACGGGGCUGGACUGUGAGAGGUGCAAGAAAGGUUUUCAAGGCCGACCCUGGAGGGCAGGCUCGUACCUCCCAAUCCCCAAAGGGACAGCCAAUGUCUGCCUUCCUGACCCCAACACAAGUGGCCCUGACUCAAACCGGGGUCAAACACAGCAAAGUAUCUCAGCACGAGAGGGCGAGAAGACAAAGCAAGACUGUCAAUGUUUCGGCCACUCGAACCGGUGCAGUUACCUCGAGCUGCUCAGCACUGCCGUGUGUGUGAACUGUAAACACAACACUCGAGGCCGGCACUGCCACUUAUGUCGGCUGGGCUACCAUCGAAACGCUUCAGCACAACUGGACCAUCACAACGUUUGCUUAGACCCCUCGAGAUAA